GUUACAAACGAGGCAGCCGAGCCGGGGCUGACAGCAGAGGCAGUGCCUACAGGUGCAAUGGGGUCAAUGGUUGAGGAUCGGGUGACAAUGAAGUUGGAUGUGGCACACACCGAGCACAGCCAUCUGAUAGGCAAAGGUGGGCAUUGUGUCAAGGCAAUGAUGCUGGAGACACAGUGUCACAUUCACUUUCCUGACUCAAACCGUGUUCCCAACGUGGUGGAAAAGAGUAAUCAGGUCUCUAUCUCCGGUCAACUUGCAGAUGUGGAGCGGGCCAGAAGGCGUAUUCGGCAAAUGCUUCCUCUGUCUUACCUUUUUACCAUCCAAAACUCGUCCCCACAUGCGCUGACCCUGUAUCGCACCUCCUGCAUGGUACAACAUAUCGAAGCCAAGUUCUCUGUCGAGGUGACCUACCGUCACUAUUUCGCCUUUCCUCUGGCCGACUUAACUUUUCGUCAUCAUCCUCACGCCAAGUACCUCGCUUCGGCCACAACCAUUGUUGUCAGCGUACGCGGGCUCGCACACUUCGCCCACAAUGUAAUUGAGGCUACCAAGGCCCUGCUUGAACACCACUUUGGAAGGAUGGCUGAGCAAACAAACGUAUGGAUGACCUUGGACGUUGAGCCCAAACACCAAAUCAUCAUGCAGCACCACAUAGCUCAACGCAGUUUGGCUGAGGUAAUCCACGAGUCAACUGGAGCUCGAGUUUGGUUUCCACAGGAGACUUCUUUUCCUAUCGCUGCCACUUCUGCCAUCACCACUCUCUCACCCUGUCCCAGCCCCCUUUCGAUCUCCCCACGUCGAAGUGGAUUCUAUGCGCCACGACUGUGUCCUACUCCAAGUUUGCCUGUCUCCUCCGUUAGCCUCUUCCAACGUCCUGAAGCUCGCACGAUGAUCACUAUCUUUGGAAGUGUUAAUGGUUGCUUUGUGGCCCGACAGACGCUUAUGACUCUGCUUCCGGUGACUUUGAUUGCAGAAAUAACCGGCGAGGAGGCUUUGAUCCUUUCGCGCAUCGACUACAAUGCUUACAAGUCCUUGAAUGACGUCAGUGUCACAUUUCGGGCCAAGCCUAGACACUCAUUUCGUCAAUCGUUGGUUCUGAAGACGUACGAAGCCAACGUUAAUUCUCUCUACUCUGUCCUCUCCAACUUAAAAAUGGUCAUGCGUUCACGAGUGGAAAAGAAUUCCCCUAAUUAUUGUGACGGACAAGCUGUACGAUUUACCAGUAAACCUUUUAACAUGAGCGAAGACGACAAGAAGUUAACUGAGAAAGUGACAGAAUGCCGAAUGGGAAGGGCUGUCAUUUCACCGGCUGGCAUCUUCCUCCUAGUGCAAGCAGAAUACAAGGUGGAAAAUAGGUGCCUACCCUUGAUUGAAGAAAUUCAAAAUGGUGUGACCACUUUACCACCGUUGGAGGCGUUUAUGCCUCCAACCUCGAAGGAGCAGGAGGUAGAGACUGAGCUGGAGAAGGUGGCUUCUUUACGAAGGCAGAGGUCGCGGUAUCCUUUUCUGAGCCAAUCCUUCGCCAUCUGGUCAGGUGAAAGCAGAAGUCCAUCACCAAAUUUAUCAACUUUACAACCGCAUAUUUCUUUGGAAAGUGGAGGUAUGACUUUUUUAGGCUCUGAUCCUGCUACAGCGAAUUGCGAAGCCCUUUUCAAUGAUUCGGUGAUUUCUGAAAAUUGUGAACCCAAGGGAUUGCUGAAGUGCGGCCAAAGUGGAAGUGUUCCCAUAUCAGAGGAGCCCAUGUGGCCAAAGCUGUCAACUUUGUGGCAGCAAAGAGAGUCUCAAGGGACGCAAGAGGAGACAUUGUUGAGUUCUCCUGCGGACCAGUGUGGAACUACGGACUUACCCUCUUGGUACUCGACUAGGAAUUUGUGCAGUGGUCUCUUUCUCAACCCCUGGAAUGACAAAUCUAGGGGUAAUACUGACUUCUUGAGGUAA